AUGAUUCUUAGAAUUCUUUUAAAUGCAAUUCAUGAAUUCGGUCAUCUGGCUCAAUAUUCUGUGAUCUACACUGGUGUACCCCUACUUAUUGAUAGCUUUGCAUUUUCCCCAGAACAGGUCAUUGAUAGUGUUGAUGCUUCUUUAAAACCCAUCUCCGCUCUAGGUGCUGUCUUUCAUCAGCUGCAGCUAAGCUCCUCCGAUACGGACAGUUCCGCCCUGUCAACAUCGUCCUCAUCUUCGUCGGAGAGUGAUUUGAGCGGUACAAAUGGUGAUUCGUUUCCUUUUAACGAGGUAGAACGCUCUAGACGAAAGUUGUACUCUCUUAUUCCAGGCAAUUUGAGUGCAGCCAACGAUUUAGCUACUCGCAUCUUGGCCAAAUAUCCUGAUAUUUUUCCGCUUGAAUUUUCCCUGAAAACAUCUAUUCUGCUCCGCCCUAUUUAUCUGUCCUAUGAGGUGUCUGAUGCAACUUCAAUAUCUUCUACGCUCGCUCUCCUAAAACGUCUGCUAACAUCGCGUUGUCUUGAGGCUAGUUGUCAGAACUGGAUUCGACAUUGCGUAUUCGAAUAUGCAGGGCCUCAGAAGCAUUCUGAGAUAGCUGCUUUUGUUGAUGGCUGCAUUAUAAAUGCAAGUUCAAUUUUUUGGGGCGUAAUGAUAGCCUUUGCCUGCUUACGCAUGCUAAUUGGCGUCAUCACGACUACUAUCAAUAAAUCUCUUGAAUAUCCUAGUAGCAUUAUGCUCCAUUGUCUUUUGCUAUAUAUAUAUAUUUAUUUAUUUGGAGGCCUGAAUUUUUAUUAUAUUGAGAUUAUUUUGAACUGGCUCCAAUAA